UGUGUUCAUUGCACUAUUGGGAAGCAUCAUCUCCCUGCAUUCAGACUGUCAGGAAGCACCGCUUUAGCUUGACAGUGUUACAAUGUCGCCUCUUGCAGUGGAAAAGUCUUUCCGAACACUACAUGAACCAUGAUAGCAACUCUAGCCUUAUAACAUCUUAUCACAAUAAUUGUAUAAGGCGUUGGUUUUUACAGUCGUCCAACCUGUGGGGAAAACUCGCCUUCAAGUCUAAGUGCAGGGAAAACGUGUGCGGAACCAAAUAUCGCGAGACUACCGUCAGAGUGGCGCCAACACACAAUAAGUCCAGAGAUAAACACGCCGCCUCGUGACUUGUCUUCCGAGCUAAACUAUCCAACUCAGUCUGCUCCGGUCGUUUGAAACUGUAGCUCUGAUGUAAAUGCACAUGUUAAGUUUCUGUUGAGCUCUGUGUGCUUUGUUUUUACUCGGCGAACGAUGUCGGACGCUCUGUCAGACGACGGCAGCCAUGAAGACAGCCAGGAGGACGUGAUGACCCCGGCGGAGCUGAUCGUCAAGCUGGAGGAGGCAUGGCUGAACGAGAAGUUCUCCCCGGAGCUGAUGGAGAACAGGUCGGAGGUGGUGGAGUGUGUGAUGGAGCAGCUCACUCACAUGGAAGCCAACUUGCAGCGGGUGAAGAAAGGUGACGCCAAGGCCAGUAUCCAUCGCAUGGAGAUAGAUAGGAUCCGCUUCGUUCUGAGCAGCUACCUGCGCUCUCGUCUGCAGAAGAUUGAGAAGUUUUUCCCGCAUGUCCUGGAGAGAGAAAAGUCUCGAGGCGAGGGGGAGCCCUCUCUGCUCUCACCCGAAGAGUUUGCCUUUGCCAAAGAGUAUUUAGCAAACACAGAAACCUAUCUGAAGGCUGUGGCACUGAAGCGCAUGCCCCCCAACCUACAGACGGUGGAUAUGAUCAAAGCAGUGCCUCAGCCCUACUUGGACUCCUUUGUGUUUCUGCGGGUGAAAGAGAGACAGGAAAACAUCUUGGUCGAGCCUGAGACAGACGACCAGAGAGAAUAUGUUGUGGAUCUUGAAGAGGGCUCUCAGCACCUGAUGCGGUAUCGAACUAUAGCACCACUGGUUUCGAGUGGAGCUGUGCAGUUGAUAUGAAUGUGGAGGUCUGUAUGUUGGUGUGGAUGGCUCCAGGUGAUCAUGAACCUGCAGAGAUCACGCGUCCUUGAAAACACCCAAGUUGUGACACCAUUGGCUCCAGGAGAUGUAACCCAGUGGAAACUAUUCCUGCAAAAUAUAAGAUCACCACUAAUGAGAAGUGAAGGCUGGGAAUGAACUCGCUUUACAGAACCAGCUUUUGCAGUGCUGUGGUGUUAAUCAUGGCCUUUUUUAAAAAAUCAUUACAUAACAUAAGUUCAAUUCAAUUUUUUACGGUUAUAACGCAUUCUGGUGUUCGUGUUUUCUGAGACAUGUAAAGACUCAGAUCAAAUCUACUGGUCAUCGUUCCUUUAUUCUACAUGCAGUUGCAGAUUAUUGGAUUUUUUCCUUUGCUGCUCAAUAACAGGAAACAUCCAAUGACCUGAAGGUGACAUUUUAUCUUGGCAUCACAGUGCCUAUCACUCCCUGGUGCAGAUAUCAAUUUGCGUGUAUAUUUGAAAGACUUGUUUCAUUAUGGUGAUAUUCACACUUAUGUAAACUAUCAUUAUAAAUAUUUGUAUUCUUA